AAAAAAAGUGCGUUUGGAUUGGAAUACGGAUGCUGCCUCCUUGAUUGGAGAGGAGCUGCAAGUGGACUUCCUUGAUCAUGUUCCGCUCACCACACAUAAUUUUGCUCGGAAGACAUUUCUCAAGCUUGCUUUCUGUGACAUCUGCCAGAAGUUCCUGCUAAAUGGGUUUCGGUGUCAGACGUGCGGUUACAAAUUCCACGAGCACUGCAGCACGAAAGUUCCGACCAUGUGUGUCGACUGGAGCAACAUCAGGCAGCUCUUAUUGUUCCCAAAUUCAAAUAUCAGUGACAGUGGUGUCCCUGCACUACCUCCCUUGACAAUGAGACGGAUGCGGGAGUCUGUCUCCCGGAUACCUGUUAGUUCCCAGCACAGGUAUUCUACACCUCAUGCCUUCACGUUCAACACAUCGAAUCCUUCCUCCGAGGGCUCUCUUUCCCAAAGACAACGAUCCACGUCCACACCGAACGUCCAUAUGGUCAGCACGACGAUGCCCGUGGACAGCCGGAUAAUUGAGAAUAACAGCCUGAAUGCUUCUCCCAGCUCCUGGUGCAGACGGUUUUGUUUGAGGGGAAGAGAUGCAAUUCGAAGCCAUAGUGAAUCAGCCUCACCCUCUGCUCUGUCUGGGAGUCCUAAUAACAUGAGCCCAACUGGCUGGUCUCAGCCCAAAACCCCGGUCCCAGCCCAAAGAGAGAGAGCCCCUGGAUCUAACACGCAAGAAAAAAAUAAAAUUAGGCCUCGUGGACAGAGAGAUUCCAGUUAUUACUGGGAAAUAGAAGCAAGCGAAGUCAUGCUUUCCACCAGGAUAGGCUCGGGCUCUUUCGGAACUGUUUACAAAGGCAAAUGGCACGGAGACGUAGCAGUGAAGAUACUAAAGGUUGUAGAUCCUACCCCAGAACAGUUCCAGGCUUUCCGAAACGAAGUGGCCGUGUUAAGGAAGACUCGGCACGUUAACAUUUUGCUCUUCAUGGGCUACAUGACUAAAGACAACCUGGCCAUCGUCACGCAGUGGUGUGAAGGAAGCAGUCUGUACAAACACCUGCACGUUCAAGAGACCAAGUUCCAGAUGUUCCAGCUCAUCGACAUCGCCCGGCAGACGGCACAGGGCAUGGACUAUUUACACGCCAAGAACAUCAUCCACAGAGACAUGAAAUCCAACAAUAUAUUUCUUCAUGAAGGCCUCACGGUGAAGAUUGGAGACUUCGGUCUGGCGACUGUGAAAUCGCGGUGGAGCGGAUCUCAGCAGGUGGAGCAGCCCACCGGUUCAAUCCUGUGGAUGGCCCCAGAAGUGAUUCGCAUGCAGGACAGUAACCCGUUCAGUUUUCAGUCAGACGUCUACUCCUACGGAAUAGUGUUGUAUGAGCUCAUGACAGGAGAGCUGCCCUACUCCCACAUCAACAACCGAGAUCAGAUUAUUUUCAUGGUUGGCCGAGGGUAUGCUUCCCCAGACCUCAGCAAGUUGUACAAGAACUGCCCCAAAGCAAUGAAGAGGCUCGUGGCAGAUUGUUUGAAGAAAGUUAGGGAAGAACGACCUCUGUUUCCACAAAUACUGUCAUCCAUCGAAUUGUUGCAACAUUCUCUACCCAAAAUCAACCGGAGCGCUUCGGAGCCAUCCCUGCAUCGCGCCGCCCACACAGAGGACAUCAAUUCCUGCACGUUAACGUCCACGAGGCUGCCCGUGUUCUAGGGGUGCUGCUCCCCCUCCCCUGCUCUCCCCAGCCACGGGAAGGGAACAGAAGGAACACAAGUCGCGCCUUUCAUGCCUCAGCGUACGGGAUCAGCGCCAGCAGGAUUAUCUGCAUCCCGGCUGUAAGAACAAGCUGCUAAGGAUUUUCUGCAGUCCUUGCCCUGCAGGGAAACAGCUCCACGUUGCCUUUUUCUACAGUUUCUUUUACUGGGAUAGUUAACUGACUACAAAUCAAGAGAUCUAUUACUAUUUUUUUAAUAGAUGCACUUGAGCCUUAUUUUUCCCGUACACGGAAGCGAUGGGUGUUCCUUUGGCAGUGUUUC